CCGGCCAGUGCCUCUGCUUCCGGCUCGAAUUGCUCUCUCUCUCUCACGCCUGCCUUCAACAUGUCCGAGACUGCGCCUGCCGCGCCCGCUGCUCCGGCCCCUGCCGAGAAAACACCCGUGAAGAAGAAGGCCCGCAAGUCCGCAGGUGCGGCUAAACGCAAAGCGUCUGGGCCCCCCGUGUCCGAGCUCAUUACUAAGGCUGUUGCCGCCUCCAAGGAGCGCAGCGGUGUAUCUUUGGCCGCUCUCAAGAAAGCGCUGGCAGCCGCUGGCUAUGACGUGGAGAAGAACAACAGCCGCAUCAAGCUGGGUCUCAAGAGCCUGGUGAGCAAGGGCACUCUGGUGCAGACCAAGGGCACCGGCGCAUCGGGUUCUUUCAAACUCAACAAGAAGGCGGCCUCCGGGGAAGCCAAGCCUAAAGCUAAAAAGGCAGGCGCGGCCAAAGCCAAGAAGCCUACAGGAGCGGCGAAGAAGCCCAAGAAGGCGACGGGGGCAGCCACCCCUAAGAAGAGCGCCAAGAAGACCCCAAAGAAGGCGAAGAAGCCGGCUGCGGCUGCUGGAGCCAAAAAAGCGAAAAGCCCGAAAAAGGCUAAAGCAGCCAAGCCAAAAAAGGCGCCCAAGAGCCCAGCGAAGGCCAAAGCAGUGAAACCCAAGGCGGCUAAACCAAAGACCGCCAAGCCCAAGGCAGCCAAGCCAAAGAAGGCGGCAGCCAAGAAAAAGUAGGAAGUUCCUUUGGCCAACUGCUUAGAAGCUCAACACAACCCAAAGGCUCUUUUCAGA